AGCUGUUCGAGUUAUUAUCACCACCAGAAGAAAUGGGUAGCACGUUGUUCUUUCUUUUCGCUGGUAUUCUUUCUAUGACGAUGUAUGGCGAAGCAAUCUGUUGUGAAGAAAUCAAGUCGAUAAUGAACGAGAAGAUUAAAGCUGGAAAAAUACUGUGCGCACCAGGCAACAAUCUCCCUCCCGGCUGUUGCAAAGAUAUUUGGAAAUCAGUUGAUGAGCAUAUUGCUGCGUAUAAAGCUGUUUGUGCUGACAAUACAGUUCGAUGUCCAAACCCCAAACCAUUGGGAAUGCAAAGCGGCAAAAUACCCGAUUCGGAAAUCACAGCAUCAACAACUUUUAGUAAUUCAUACCACCCUCACUUCGCAAGAUUGGAUAAGAGUGGCGGUGCUUGUAGUUGGGCGCCAACCCGAGCAGGAAGAUCUGGCUCGUGGUUACAAGUUGAUCUUGGACAAAAAACAGCUGUCACAGGAUUUGCAACUCGAGGAACAUGUUAUAACCAUGCAGAGUGGGCGAUUUCUUACUCGAUUGCUUACAGCAACAAUGGUGCUGAUUGGACUGAUUAUGAAGAGUCAGGGACUGCGAAGGUUUUCCAAGGCAACAAAGAUCGAGACUCCAUUGUUACCAACACAUUUAAAACUGAAAUCAAUGCUCGAUACAUUCGUGUGCUGCCGAAAUCAUGGAGAAAUUAUCCUACAAUGAGACUCGAGUUGUACGGUUGUCACUGAGUGGAACUUGCAUCUGUUGCAUAAAACGCACUGUUUUGAUAGUAAAUUUCCGAAUAGUUUAAAAUGUUUAGUGCCUGCGGUAAUCACUAUGCUUAAGCUUUCAUUUGUAGACUUUCAUGUUACAUCCUAUAAUUAUACAAUAAAUAGAAGUAGAAAAAAAUAGAAAAAAUGGGGGAUUUACUUUUUGUCACAGUUCUACUACUUUAA